CUGAAGUCCGUUCAGUUGGUGCAACACGGGCCUAGAACGCGCUGCUCUUUAGCUCCAGUCUCGUCAAAAUAAUAACCAUUUGUUUGUUUUUUUAUUUAAGUGCUUCAAUUAAAUAGUGAUCCUCGUGUGAAAUGCGCUAACAACUGCCAGGAAAAUGCACUAUAUUUUCAUGAUGAGCCUUUUUGGCCUUUUGAUUUUGAGUCUUUUCGGCCUGACUGACAGUUAUGGCCACCAACCGGUGCUGAGAAAUAUUAUUAAAGUGCGGGCCAGUGGCUUCAUGCCCUUCGAAUCGGAUUUACUGCUGCCUCUGAAUAUUCUCCGGCAAUUGCAGGAUCGAUCGUCACGGUUUAUUGGCCAGAGACCAAAACCCGUUGCCAGGCCAAAGGUCAAGCAGCAAGUACGAUUGGAAAGAGCCCACCCACUGAGGGGGGCCAAGGGCGUCCAGUUGUACAAUCUCAUCGAUGACGAUGGUGAAUUGCUGCUCAAUCUCAAGGUGCAUCAGGAUCCCAAGGGAAUGGCCCCACCAGGAAUUUAUCAAGGAAUCGCGCCAGAGGCUAAAUACCAAAGUAAAUAUCAGGACUACGACACACCUUGGAUACCCUCGAAAUGGAGACCCACCAGCGAAUUUCCCCUGGGCGUGACCUCCUCCUCGCCACGCCCACUGCCUCUGCAUCAAUAUGUGGGCCAAAGCAAUCGCAUCGAACAAAAUACGGGGAAAAGACGGCGACAGGACAUGUGGCCACAUAAAUAAAAAUUAAAAUUCAACGGGAGCUAAUUCCAAAAAAGAGAUCCAUUGCUAACCAUAAAUUAUUUAUUAAGUUGUUUAAAUUUAAAAACAACAGAGCACAUAGAGCACACUCAUGGAGAAAAAUGUAUUCAUGAUUUGAAAUUGUACCUGAUAUUUAUCUAAAUCAAGAUAUUAUUAUCAAAAUGAUU